AUGGCGGUGCUGCUGGUGCUAUUACUCUUCCCGCUGGCGGAGCCACGGCCUGCUCACGGGUUACGGCCCGCGGAUCGGCAGCGGGCCAUGGGCCGGCAGGGUACCUGCCCGGAAUGCCGACCCGAGCGGUGCCUUCCAGGCCUGCGCUGCCCGGCCGGACGGACACGGGACGCCUGUGGCUGCUGCUGGGAGUGCGGCAACGGCGAGGGGCAACUGUGCGACCCAGAGACCGCUUCCAGAUCCUUCUACGGCCGCUGCGCAGAGGGCCUGCGUUGCCGCACUCCUCCGCGGGACCCCAUCUCCGGGAGGUCUCCCAAGGCCCAGUGCGUGUGCAGUCGGCAGGAGGUGCUGUGUGGAUCCGAUCAGAGGACCUACGAGAACGUGUGCCAGCUCCGGGCUGCCCAGUACCGGCUGGGUGCCGACGGCAAACUGUCGGUGGCUCACCACGGACCUUGCAAGGCCAAGCCAGUUAUUGUCAGUCCACCUCGUGAUGUCAUCGAUAUGGAAGGAAGUGACAUCAUCUUCAGCUGUGAGGUCUUAUCUUACCCAAUGGCUGUGGUUGAAUGGAGGAAGGAGCGGAACAGCGUCUUCCUGCCUGCCGAUGACUCCAACAUGGUGGUGCAGGCUCACGGAGGCCCCCGCCGCUUCGAACUGACCGGCUGGCUCCAGAUCCAGACCAUCCGGCGGGCGGACCAGGGGGUGUACACCUGCACCGCCAGGAGUCCAUUCGGGGAGGUGUCCGCCUCCGCCCGACUGCAGGUUCUGGACAGAGGUUCUCCGCUGGAGCAGCAGCAGCACAAUCCCGGAAGUCGUGGCCUCUCGGACGAUGAAGACGAUGAAGACUAUGGGGGCGAGGCAAGCGGAUAUGCAUACUAA